AUGUCCCCCCUGCAGCGUCUCCUCCCAUCUCCUCCGGCCAAUGCCGGCAUCCGUCUCCCGGGUUCCGUUCUCUGCGACGUCGGGACGUACAGGGACAGAAGCGGCGGGAAAUUAAAAAAUGUUAAAAAGUGACAUUCACUCAAUCACUGUAACAAACCAUUUCACAUACAUUUUAUCCCUAGUGCUUUGUCCUGUGCCCUGCCUGCAUUUUUACUGUUCUUUCUGCCUGGAAACUGAGAAAUGUGCAUGGCGUCCAAAAAGCAUCCCUUUAGGUCAAAAGUGGUUUUAGACCAGCUAGAGAACAUUGAUAGUAAGUUAGAACCACUUGCAGAAUUGA